CUGCCGUCAAUACAUCUUGUACACCAAAACCUAGAAAGUCUUUUAUUAAGCUUACAAACAGGAUGAAGCAUAAAAGAACAGAUAGUCUUAGAGAACAAGAGGUGGAAAAACUGCAACAUGCUGUCAAAAGGUUUAAAUCUAAUUCUUCUACUGAUGGUAGGGCUAUUUUAUAUGGUUCAAAUUUGUCAUUGCAAGCUCUUUGUAAUUUGAAACUUACAGAUAGAACAUGGACUGAAUUUAAAAAUAUAGUGACUCAUAAUCGUCAUCUUGUUCCUCCAGGUUUAACCAAGUUGAAGCAAUACAAAAAAUUGACAUAUCCAGAACAGGUUGAAUAUUCUGAAACCGAAGUAAAAUGUAGAAAGUAACUGCAUAAUGAGUUUAUCACAAGAAGAGCGUGAUAAUGUACAAAUUAUUUGCAAAGUAGGAGAUGAUGGUCAAAGUGAUCA